AUGUCUUCUAAAAGAGAAAUAAUUACAAAGCAUAAAAUUGAGAGUUCUUAUAGAUCUUAAAAAAGGAAAUUGGAAUAGGCUAUCCUUUAAAUCAAUAGUCAUCAAACUAUUACAAAGACAUAAUAAGCUUUGCCUUCAAAAGAAAUUGAAUUAUAUAAUAAUGUGAAUGUGUAACAUGUAAUUAAUGGAGCUGAUUUUAUUUGGAAUCAUCUUGAGAAUAUGCCUAAGAAACAGAUAGAUAAUGUCUUUAUCCCUCAAACUAUAGCUGGAAUGCAAAAUGUAUAUUGCAUAGUAAAGAAAAAAUAUAAUGCUGAGAUGAUUAGGAAAGAGUAAUAAGAAGCUAAUAGAAUUCAAAAGAACUAAGAGAAACAUCACUUAUUUGAAUAGAGAAAACUAAAAAAUGAAUAAAUCUAUGUUAAAUUAGGAAUGAAGAAGACUUAUUAAUCUGCUCCUAUAACUAAAUUCACAGAAGAACCUCUAUUUUAAAGAUUAAGUUAGCCUAAAUAAUCUUUUAUUCAAUAAUCUACUUAUGAUCUACCUGAUUUUAGGGGAUUACCUAUAAAGAAUCUCACUCAUGUUGAUAAAUUCAAGAAUCCAAUUCUGAUUAAUCAUUUCAUAAGUUCAAAUUUAUUACCUAAAUCUGUAAAUAAGGAGAAACAUAAAAAUAAAUUUGAAACAUUCGAUUAAAAACUUGAAUAAUUUCAAAAUACAAUUUAAGUAGAUGAAAUGAAUUUGGAUAAUGAUUUCAAGGAUCAUGCUAUGAUAGAAAUUGAUAAAUUUGAAAAAAUGUUAUCUACAAUACCAUAGACUAUGUACUCAUAAGUAAAAGAUAGAGAGAAUUAAUUAUUAUAAUCAGUAGAAGGAUUUAGAUCAAUAAGAAAGAUAAAAAAAGAUCCAAAUUAUAGAUACAUAAUAGGUAAUCAAAUCAGAGAUUAAAUUUUAACAAAAUAAUGA